CCGCAUCAAAAGACAGACACCUCCCCCUGCCACUUGGCCGCCCCAGGACUUGACACUCAUUCUCCCUCGACCUCACGACUGUUUUGUGUUUCUCUUCGCCUGCCACUGUCCCCCUCCCCUCCCCCUGCCCUGUGCAUUUGCGGCCUCUGCGCCAUAUCUCCCAGUCUGCCCCUCUCCAACUAGCUGCCCGCCCUUGGGAGACAUGGUCAGCUUUUCCGUCCUGCGGGCUGUCGGGCUGCCGGCCGCCUCACGCAGCCUCCUUGCACCGGCGAUCCUCCUGGUGCUGGUGCUACUCAACCUGGGUCACAUCCAGGCGGCGCCUCUGUCUCGGCGCACGGCCUCCACCGCCGCCGUCAGUGUCGGUGCCAAUGCCACGCCGCCGAUCGCGGCGCUGAAUGAGAACUGUUGGCACCCCUGCCUGGAAUGCAGCACCGCCGAUGACUACAGCUGCCUCUCCUGUGCCUCGGGCUAUGCUCUGCUUGACACCGGGCUUUGCAGCCCCUGCCGCAGCAGCUGCUCGCAGUACACGCAUAACAUGUGCACCUGCGCCAACUGCAACUAUCCCCUGGUGCCGGACAACAUGUCCGGCUGCGGGUGUCCGCUCGGCACCCGGCGCAUUGACAACCCUGUCAAUGCCGAUGACCCGGGCACCUGCUGCCACAAUUCCUGCGGCAACUCCUGCUCUGACACCGGGGCCAACCACUGCCUCUCUUGCCCGGCCUCCGCCGCGGGCCGGGCCUUCUUCAAGUCCCCGCCGGAUGCCGGGACCCCCGGGCCGUGCCUUCGGUGCCAUGUGUCUUGCAGCGCGUGCAUUGACGCGCCGUCGACCGGUUGCACCACUUGCGGCGCUUCCGAGGCCACUCGUUUGAAGUUGGUGGAUGGUCAGCCGCAGCCGGCCGGCUCCGGCGAGGCUGGCUACUGCCGUUGUCCGGUCGGUUCCUUCCUGCAGGAUGUCCAGCCAUACCAGUGCAAGAGUUGCCCCCCCGAGGCCCACCCCCAUUGCGUGGCUUUUGUGGAUCUAUCCGCCCAGCCUGGCAUCGAUCAGACCCAAGGCGCCGCCUGCCAGUGUGCUCGCUGCGAGCCUGGCUUCCACGUUGAGGCCGGGCAUUGCGUUGCCUGUCCGGCGGACCGUGGCUGCCUCGUCUGGGCCGAGGACUCGGAUGUCUGUGCCUGUGCCACGUGCCAGCUGGGCCUGCAGCCGGCCGGCUACGAUGGCGAUGGAUCUUCGGCCGCCUCUGGGUCUGCGCCAUCGGGCUCGUCUGGCGGCUCGACCUCCGGGUCGGCCUCCGGGUCUGCUCCUGGAUCGGCCUCCGGGUCGGCUCCUGGGUCGGCCUCUGGCUCGGCUCCUGGGUCGGCCUCUGGCUCGGCUCCUGGGUCGGCCUCUGGCUCGGCUUCCGGGUCUGCUGCUGGUUUGGCCUCCGGCCUGGCCCAAGAGGAGGAUCCUCUGGGGCCGAUCUGCGUCGCCUGCUACAAUGUCGAUGUCUGUCUUUCUUUCGUGCCGGUUGAGGGAUCUUCCUCAUCGGGUUCCACCAGUGGGGGCUCUGCUCCUGGCUCGACCCCUGGUUCCGAGUCGGCCCCCGGGGCCGGUCUUGCGUCUACCCCGGCCGGCUCUCUCUCCAGCCUCUUCAUCCCGCCGGAGUCCUGCUUCUGCCAUCUGUGCGCCCCACAGCACACGGCCUCGGCGGCCGGUGUUUGUGAGCCAUGUGCCGCAGUCAGCCACUGUCACGCGCAUCUGGACACGCCGAACGUGUGCGGCUGUGCCUCCUGCUCCGGGGGGUUCCAACUGGCCGGGCCGUUGUCCUGCGAUGCCUGUCCUCGGGACAACUGCUCUCUCUUCACCAGCACCCCGGACUCGUGUGACUGUGAUGAGUGUGACCUCGGUUUCGAGCUUCUCUUCCCUGGGGACACCUCCGCCAGCACUCCUGGCGAGACUAGCGGCAGUGGUGGCACUUCUUCGCCAGGGUCGUCGUCUGGCUCGACUUCGGCCUCGGCGUCGGCCUCGGCUUCGGCUUCGGCUUCGACUUCGGCUUCGGCCUCGGCUUCGGCCUCGACCUCGGCCUCGGCUUCGGCCUCGGCUUCGGCCUCGACCUCGGCCUCGGCUUCGGCUUCGGCUUCGGCCUCGGCUUCUGCGCCGGACGCCCCUUCCGGCGCCCAAGUGUCCUCGGGCCCGGUAUCCUGUGUGGAGUGCCACAACGCCGCUGGUUGUGCGGAAUUCCUGGCCGAGACGCCGAACGCCUGCGUGUGUGUCAGUUGCGAGGCCGGGUUUGCCCUGUCCCAGACAAUGCCCGGCAGCUGCGAGCCCUGUGUCCUGCAGCCCGGGUGCGCGGCUCUCGACACCACUACCCCGGGUGUGUGUGCCUGCACCGGUUGUGAGGCCGGGCACUUCGAGGAGUCCAGCAACAACCCCGGCCAGCCGACAAUCUGCACGCCUUGCGAUGGGUCCUGCUCCGAGUGUGCUGGCCCCGGGCCGGACAUGUGCACCGUCUGUCCGGACGCCGAGCACCUUGUUCCCCCGGCCACCGGGGGGUUCUGCUUCUCCUGCCCAGCCAAGCACUUCGGUGACAUGGCCACCGGCGAGUGUCAUGCCUGCGCAGUCUCCUGUGCGGAGUGCACCGGCCCCGACCCCGAGCACUGCCUGUCUUGUGUGGCGGAUGGCGCCUCGCUGGUUCCCCUGGACUCCAGCUCGGCGGGCCGGUGCCUGUGCUCCCCUGGCUCGGAGUUCACCGGCAGCGCGUGCCGGCAGUGCGCGACAGGGGAGUUCUUCGUGGCGGAUGAUGGGCGCGAGGGUGGCGGUGUGUGUGGCACCUGUGCGGCCGAGUGCGAGACUUGCUCAACGGCGGACUCUUGCCUCACUUGCCGGGAGGGCUUCGGCCAGGCCGGCUCGACGGUCGAGGACGACGGUGGCAUCCGCUGCCGGGCUUGCACUGGCGGGGAGUUCCUCCGGCCUGGCGCCGGGCCGACCGACCCAUAUCCCCAAUGCGUGGCCUGCAGUGCCAACUGUGCCACAUGUAAUGGCCCCUCUCAUCGGGACUGCCUUUCCUGCCAUCUGGCCGACGGGAGCCCCCCUCCAGCGGCCCCAUCGGGUUCCUCCUCUUCAGCUUCCUCCUCGCUGGGCGACAGCGGCAGCAAUGUCACGGUCGAGUGCCCCUGUGCCGAGGGCUUCUUCAUGGCCGAGAGCGUCUGCCAGCGGUGCAUUAGCACCUGCGCCACUUGCUCGUCGGCCGAUUCGUGUGAUACCUGCCCGAGCGCCGAUCUGACCCUCAUUUCCGACUGCGUGUGUCAGAAGGGCUUCAUGCUGAAGGACGGCAGUGACUGUGUCCCCAUGUCCAAGAAGCUGUCCAAGGCUGCCAUCAUCGGCAUCUCGGUGGGUGCUGUGGUGGUGAUUGUCAUCAUUGCCGUCAUCAUCGCCAUGUUUGUCCGGGGCUAUUCCAGUGUACCCAUGUCCAAGAAGCUGUCCAAGGCUGCCAUCAUCGGCAUCUCGGUGGGUGCUGUGGUGGUGAUUGUCAUCAUUGCCGUCAUCAUCGCCAUGUUUGUCCGGGGCUAUUCCAGUGAGCACAAGAAGAUCCCAUCCAACGCCGACUCCUUCCAGAUGACCGGCGCCUACAUUGACUGA